AGGUACUGUAAUAAAUAGUACUAGGUACUUUACCUAGUAGCCUUUAGCUUAUCUACUAUCGAAGUAUUUACUUUACGUAUCCUACCUAAUACACAUUCAAAUCAGUAAGACGAAGAAGAAGAAGAAGAAGCAAAAUGGCAAAAAAGCGAGCUAGAGAAGCCGACGGCGCUGCUGAGGCGCCCGACAAGAUGGUAGAAGAUGGGGACAGCUCAGACGAUGACGACUUCGACAUGGUGAACGUGGACUUCGAGUGGUUCAACUUCGACUCCGAGAUCGACUUCCACGGCACCAAGUCGCUUCUGCGCCAGCUCCUCGACGUCGACGCCCCGCUCUUCGACAUCUCGGGCCUCGCCGACCUGAUCCUGUCCCAGCCGACCAUCGGGUCGACCGUGAAGGUCGACGGCAAGGAGACGGACGCGUACGCCUUCCUGACGGCGCUGAACCUGCACGAGCACCGGGAGAAGAAGCCCAUCGCGGACCUGACGCGGUACAUCUGCGAGAAGGCGCGGACGAACGAGGCCCUGGCCGACGUCGUGCCCAGCCUGCUGUCGCCUGGAUCUGGGAAACAGCACGUCGGGCUCGUGCUCUCGGAGCGCCUGAUCAACAUGCCCUCGGAGAUCUCGCCGCCCAUGUACGGCAUGCUGAUCGACGAGAUCGAGGCCGCCGUCGAGGACAAGGAGCCCUACGAGUUCUCGCACUACCUCAUCAUCUCCAAGACAUACAACGAGAUGGAGUCGACGCUGGACGUGGCGGAGAGGAAGAGGAAGAAGGGGAAGCAGGACGCGACGCUCUUCUACUUCCACCCCGAGGACGAGGUGUUGAAGAAGCACGCGGUGGCAUACGGCAGCUACGACUUCACAAAGAUCGACGAGGCCAUCGCAGAUAGCAAACGCGCUUUUCAAGAAAUGGGUGUCAUGCCUCGUGGCUUCAUGAUAUUAAUUGAGGCUAGCAAGUUUGUAGGUGCCGCAAAGGCAAUUAGCGAAUAUCUAAGCCCAUCAUCUUAGAUGAAUCAAUUCAACGCAAAUAUAAAAAUACUCUGUCAAAGCCAGUGCUUUUCGUCUUUUCAUUUC